AUGGGUCACAUGGAAGAAGUAGCAGAAGAUGAGGAACCCGUAUACUAUUUACCGCAUCACGCUGUGCUGAAGCCGGAUAGCACGACGACAAAGCUUCGUGUCGUGUUCGACGCUUCGUGCCGCACGUCGUCUGGCGUAUCGUUGAACGAUGGGCUGAUGGUAGGACCCGUCGUCCAAGACGACCUUCACUCCAUCGCGUUGCGUUUCCGAUUUUGGAGGUACGCAAUAGUGGCAGACGUGGCGAAAAUGUAUAGAAUGGUGAAGGUUUGCCCAGCUGACCACCUACUGCAGUGCAUUCUCUGGAGACCGUCUUCCGAUGAUCCCGUUAAGGCGUAUAAACUGACCACGGUUACCUACGGAACCAGCUCUGCGCCAUACCUGUCAACGAAGUGCCUUCAACGACUGGGAACUGAGGGUGCAGCAACCCAUCCAGCUGCUGCAAAAACGGUCAAGAAGGACUUCUACGUGGAUUAUGCGUUGAGCGGAACAGACGAUUUGGAGGAAGGCAGAUCUCUAGUGUCGGAUUUGAUUGAUCUAACCAAUUCAGCAGGCUUUAUCUUGCGGAAGUGGAGUUCCAACAGCGCUGAAUUGCUUUCCAACGUUCCAAUCGAGUUUCGGGAAGAACGAAUUUCAUUUGAACUGGAUUCGUCAACCUCCGCCGUGAAAACUCUUGGUCUGAUAUGGGAACCAGCUGCAGAUAUUUUUCGUUUCGCCGUACCCCAACUAGAAUCGAAUGCUCCUAUCACCAAGAGAACCGUUUUGUCGGAAUCCGCCAAGAUUUUCGAUCCAUUAGGGAUAAUCGGUCCGGUAGUUGUGCAGGCAAAAAUAUUCCUACAAACACUGUGGAAGCAGAAAUGCGACUGGGACGACCUGCUGCCGGAAGAGCUACAGAAUGCAUGGAUUGAGUUUCGGAGAAAUCUGCUGGCCUUGGACACUCUUUCUGUGCCACGCUGGGUUUCAUUUACGAAGGAUUUAGUAACGGUAGAACUGCAUGGAUUUGCUGAUGCUUCCAACGCUGCCUAUGGAGCCUGCCUCUAUUUGCGAUGCAUCACGGUUGACGGUACAAUAACCGUCAGGCUCAUCACUGCCAAGUCAAGGGUCGCACCACUGGAAGAUUUGAAGCGGAAGAAGAAGGUCCUUUCGACGCCACGUCUAGAACUUUCCGCAGCGCUUUUGUUAAGUCAUUUGUAUGAAAAGGUAUGUAGCAGUGUUCAGAUUCCGUUUCAACCGUUCUUCUGGACCGAUUCCACAAUCGUGAAGUACUGGCUAGCGUCUCCACCUUCCCGCUGGCAGAUUUUCGUGGCAAAUCGAGUAUCGGAGAUCCAGCACAUAACCAGCAACGGCGUAUGGAACCAUGUAGCCGGAGCGGACAAUCCGGCGGACCUUCCCACCGUGGCAUGA